AUGGAGAAGCAGCUCAACUCCCCCCUCCUGAUCGAGCAGGUCGGACGCUCGACCACGAUCACCCCGAAGCAAACGUACACCCAGCUUUCACACUUCCUCGCCGGUCUUGCUCCGUCGCCGGCACGAACGCAGCUCGAGCGUCUCACGGACUCGCUCGGAGUUGAGGUUGGCGCCAUCGCCCCUUCAGAAGGAGAGAGGAGGGAGGCGGAGCGCGUUGAGGCGCGCAACAAGGCGCGCGCCGAGAAGAGGGAGGCUAAGCGCCGCGCCGAGGAGGAGGCCGCUGCCGAGGCGAGCCAGAUGCUUGAGGCCGAGAUUGAGGCCGAGGCUGAGGCUGAGGUGUCGGACGAGGAGGGAGAGGGAGGUCUCGGCGUUGGCGGAUUCCCGGGUGACGAGACCAUGGACGACCGCGGAGACGUCGAGUACGGAGAUGUUCCCGAGGACGACGAGGACGAGCCCGACAACGAGGAGGGCGCUUAA